GUGUUUUCGAGCAGCUUCAGGCGAGCAACGCAGACGGUGCGGGCUCUGCUUGGAGCGGGGGCCAUCCAAGGUCGGUUCCUCCGGGAAUUUGGGCGUGCCCCGUGCUCGUCGGACGCAGGGCUGCAAACAAGGAGCCUCCGGCAAGCGAGGGCCACGUCAUUGGGAGCGCAGAAAAGAAGGAAAGUAAAACACGAAAAGGAGGCGUGGCUGUCUGUGAGUGGAAGUCCAGGGACUGGCUGCAAAAGACAGCUUCGGAGAUCAAGUCCUUUGGCAUGGAACAGGUCAGUUCUUGGGUCCAGGCGGCCUUGCAAGUGGAGAACUACGCCGACGAAGCGCAGCAGGUUGUUGAGAUUUUGAAGUCCCAGAAGGUGAAGGGCACCGCGCUCCUGGACUUCACUUUGGACGACAUGCAAAAGAUGCGCAUCUUCAUGGGGCCGGGCAAAGUACUGUGCAAGCGCAUCGCUGCCCUAGCUGCCCCGGCGGCCGCGAGCGGAUUCCAGGCGAACACAGUGCAAUCGGUCAUCGAGGAGAAAGAUCUCGCUCCUCAGCUGUCUGAACUGAGCGUCCCCUCAUUUAAGGUACAGGAGGGACAGACACUUGCGGGGAUCGAAGAGUGCAUACGAGACUGCAUGUCCUUGGUCCAGAAGUACAUCAACGAGAGCGAUGAGACUGGCCCUAACCGCGUACCACCCACCUGUGCAGCAAGAUGCGCGCGAGGUGGGAAGACCACCUUCCUGCAAAAGCUUGGCGAGGAACUGGCAGGGGCCGGUUACUUCCCCAUCUUUACGUCCUUCAAUGGGGAAAGCCCCGUGAAGCGCCGGGAGAACGAGCCAGCCGACCAAUGGCUAUACAGGACUAUUGCAUAUGCACUGCUCCCGAGCGACAGUUUACUACGUCAGGAUUUGGCCUCGAAGUUCGCAAAGAGGACGUGUGAAGAGUCGACCCUGGUAACCUACUUCAAUUCGAAGGAGAAAGUUGUACUGCUCGUCGAUGAGCUGAACCAACUGUUGCUGAAGAGUGAUGACGAAGCAGAAAAGAAGGCAGAGCAGCGAGCCUCGCGCUUCAUGAAAGACGUCUUCCUUGGCGUUAGAGGUAGAUACAUGGUCUUCACCUCCCACAUCCAGUCCACGGGACUGGACCUGACCCAGUACAUGGAGGGCACGUCCAGCAGGGGCCUGGCAGUCACAGGCUUGCCACGGGUGGCCUGUCUUGAAGAUCUGCAGCGCAUGUCGUCGAAGUUUUCCGGUUUGACGCACAUGCGCGCAGCCUACUACUCCAGAGUCCCAGCGCUCAUCUGGACCUCACACCAUGGUCCAGACCUUUUGCAACAAAAAUUCGCACAAAUCUACGAGGACCCGAAUUUGCACCUUUCUGCCUUCCUGGCGGAGCUCUUCACAGGCACCCGGAUGCCGGAUAUGAAAGCUUUCCAGCAACUCACAGAUGGAAGCAUUGGAGCAGAGAAAACAGUGUGGAUACCAUGCUUCAUGUCCCACUUCCUUUUCCAAUGCCAGACUACCUCGCCUGCCUGUGCUGUUCUUUCACGGUGGCUGCAAGGCAUGCGUGAUGCGGAGCAGCAUGAUGGCAAGGCGUGGGAGAAGAUCAUCGCUGUUGCCUUUGGCUUGCGCUACAUUUGGAGUCGCAUGGGAGGCGAACGCCACGGGUGGCUGCAUGGACACGAUGGAGCGUCUAUCGAAUGUUUGGAUGCCAAACCGACCGCGACAAGUGUCGACGAGGCAAUUCAGAUGCUGCCACCGCCAAAUCAGUACCCAACCCUGCAGCUGGUUCUGCCGAAGCACAGCAAGUUCAAGGCGAUAGACCUCUUCGCUGUGAGGCGAGAGAAAGGAGUCAAGGCUGAGCUUGUUAUGGUCGCACAGCAGAAAGAAGGCAGCUCCAGUAUAGGAACAAAUCUACCUCCACAUCAAGCAAAGUAUGCAUAUUGGUUGAGAGGAUCCUCGACGCUGACAAGAAAGGUGACAGGCACAUGGUACCAGCCCUCGCAAAGCGAGAUUGACGAGUUCUUAGGACCCUCGUUGGCAGCUGCGGCGCCAGCCACCUGGACUUUGCUUCUGAUGCCUCUUUCCCUUGUUUCCCUCGCGCGGUUGGCCAUCUAUGAGAUUGAUGUUGUCAUGCCACCAAAGGACAGAUGA